CGUCGUCGACGUCGCAGUAACAGUCGCAGUUGGCGUCGUCGUUGUCGUUUUCGUGCUUUAUAGCAUUCACUCAGAAGUCGUUUAGAAUCGCUGCCAUCGUUGUCGUGGUCGGUAUUCGGUAUUCGAUAUCGGAUUGUGCUGUCGGUGCCCAUUUAAAACACUUAAAUUGCUAGCGUCAUCGUCAUCGUCAUCGUCGGCGUGGAUAACUUGGACAUCGCGUACGCGCAAAACGUUUAACGUUUAACGUUAUAUGGCACAAGUGGUUCGGCCGGAUCCGGAUAAUCGUUACGCCGAACAGGCAAAUGAAAAAGAAGUAGGAAAAGAAGACGAAGAAGAAGAGGAAGAAGAAGAAGAAGAAGGAGCAGGCAUUUUUUGACGUUGACGUAUCUGAAAUCAAAUUCAAUUUACGCACCAGUCCCAUUAUAAACCAUUAACGGAACGCAGAAGGGUGCUAGAGAAAGCUGGCCGACAAAAAGGAUAUGUGAAAUAUCAGCGGCAACAAAACGUGACCUUUUUAAAACAAAGCUAUUAAUAGCUAAAGAACAAAAGACAUAAACACAAAAAAUAACCAAGCAGCCAACGAGACGAAACAUUUAAUUGGAUUUCUGUUCGCAUUGGCUUUUUUCGGAUACAAUUUACCGGUUGACGCUGAGAGCUCGCAACACAACGCUAGUGUAAAUCGUGCCGGCAACAACAACUCAAACAAAUCGAACAAUUACAAAAUUUCUCCGAAAAUUCUCACAAUGAGCUUCGAAUUGGACGCCAAGUUGAUUUGCGCAGAGCUGGAAAGCAGCGAACAACGCAGACGCAGCGCCGCUUUGCAAAAGCUGUGCGAACAGUGCAAAGACGCACCGGAGAAUGUGAACACCGAUGAUGUGGCAGACGUAUUCGAUGAACUCUAUCUGCAUCUCCUCAAAUGCUAUUCGGAUCGGUAUGAGAGUGUGCGAGAUCGCGCCGUUAAUGCUGUUAGUGAAUUUCUCGAGUGUCUGCCGCCCAUGGACUUCCAUCUGCUGAAUGUUGUAUCUACGCUGGCCGAGCGCAUGGGUCAAUCGGAGACGGUGGAGCCCAGCGAGGAGUUGCGUCUGCUCUACAUACGUCAGCUGCAUUUGAUGCUGCGCAAAUACGCACUCAUGGGCAAUGUGGGCGUCUUUCGUGAAUGCUAUCCACAAGUGGUCAAGGUGCUCAUUAAAUCCAUCAAGGAUGACUAUGCGGCCGUGCAACGCGAGGGCUGUGCCACGCUCGUGCAAUUGUCACGCGUCGCAGAUACAUCGGAGCUGCGUCCAUUCACGGAUUCACUGGCUACGGCUCUGUAUGGCAUGCUUAAUCACCGACAUGCGGCGGCACGCAUUGCUGCUGUGGAGGCCAUUGGGCGGGUGAGCCUGCACCUGGAUGUCAAAGACGAUAAGAUGCGACGCCUGAUAAUGGAGGUAUCGCCAUUGCUAAUGGACUCGAUGGCGCUAGUGCGGCGCGAAUGCGGCCAAAUGGGCAUUCUAAUGCUGCUCGAGCUGCCGGAUCGUUAUUCGUAUUUCCUGCACAUUCUGCCGCUGGUGCUGUGCUGCUUGAAGGACGACUCACCGGAGGUACUCAGCCACAUUCGACCGUUGUGGGUGCAGUGCGGCCAGCAGUACUACGAUGAGAACGAACAGGAACUGUCACAGCAAGAGAUAUCCGAUCUGCCCGUGGAAAACUAUCCGGUGGGCGUGCAACGCCCAACAAUUGGCUGCCGUGGCCUGGUGCAGCGCUCGCUGCGCCUGGUCAACCUAAUUGCGCGCGAGACGUGCGACUGGAAGGACAAUGUGCGUCUGCACUCGCUGAAGCUACUGUAUCAGUUUGUGCUACACGCCGAAGCGGCGAUGACGGCCAAGUUCUUUGAGAUCUAUCCUGAUCUGGCGCACGCCUGCUGCGACAGCGAGUCUGCUGCCUGUGUCGAGGCCAAAAAGGUUGCGGAUCUGAUGGGUCGACUGUUUGUCUAUGAUACGUGGAUCAAUCAUGGCUUCGAUGGACUCGAGCGCAAUGCACGCGAAUCGUUUCUCAAGUGUUUCUACUACAUGUUCACUGCCUCCUCGGGCGGCACCUAUGACCAUCUGCUGCGCCUGUGCAAGCUGCUACGGAGUACCGACUAUUCGCAUACCCUAAAGCCGGGCUUCCAAUUGUACAUACUGAAAACGCUGGACACCGUGCUGGAUAAGUCGAGUCGAGUCACGGCCACAAUGGAGCAGCUCAAAGAGCUCUACGAACACAUUUAUGUGACUUCGAUGAAAGUAAUGGCAUUGUCUUAUUCCCUAAGCAAUGGGCCCAACGAGCAUGUCCAGUGCGGUGAAAUGAUCAUCAAGCGUAUUGUCCAGCUUGAGGAGACAACAAUGGCUGAGCUGCACGAGCGCUGGUUUGCCCUGGCGCUCCUUGAUGUGCAAAACUUGGAUGCGGCACUGGACGAGAAUGCUGAGCCAAUUCUGCUACUCUACGGCCUCAUCCAUUUAGCGCAAAUACGUGCAACGUAUUUGACGCAGCUCAUUGAGAAGGUAAAAACGGUCUUCGAACACUGCUGCGAGACGGCUCAAGUGCGCAUCCUUAACAUCAUAUCAAUAGCAGCGCUCGCCUGGUCAGAUACGGUGCUCGUGGAACGGGAGCAGAGCACUCUGCUGCUGAGCAACUUUGUCAGCGAGAUCGUUGAGCCCCAUUUGAUUUGGAAGGCGGGCGCCCAUGGCGAGGCAAUGCGAUCGAUGGCAAUGGCCACACUUUGCGCUUUGGCGCAGGGCGCAAAAGAUGAGGCGCGUGAAAUACUGCCAACCAUGGCGAAACAUAUGCCGAGCCUGCUGGAGGAUCGCAAUGUGACCACACGACACUAUGCCAUCAAGGCCAUGUUCUACUUCCAGGGCAUGUCUGUGGAGCAGCUCAAGCCGCUGGCCUAUGCAGUCAUGCAACGCAUGGACGAUCCCUCGGCGGGCAUACGCAUCCUCGCUGCCACAGCAGUGGGCAAAUUGCGGCCAGUAUUCCAGAGCGAUUUGGAGUCAGAGGAGCUGCAACAUGAACAGGAUGUUUGGGAAGCGUUUGUGAAGCGCGCCAUGGAUAUUCUGCUGCUGUACCAGGAGAGUCCCGAAAAGGAGAUGCAGGCUGCUACCGAGAAGUCGCUUAUAGCGUUGGCCAAAUUACACCGCACAGCCUGGGAGGAUCGUGCUGAACGCGCCAGGUCCAAGGCGCUAGACAAGAAUGCGUUGAGCGAUCUUUGCGCCAAGAUCAACAUAAAAGAUGAUUAAUCUCACUAGAUUGCCCUGACUUGCACUCAUUUGGAGCGCUUUUGCUUUUCAUUAGAAUUUCUAUAUAUAUUUGGCCUGUUACGUUAAUUGCCCGAUCUGUCGGAUUCUGAGUUAGCAAAUUAUUGUAAACACACUCGCCAAAUGUGCAGCUGCGACUGAUGGAAUUGCAUUUGGCAUUAAAGCAUUUACAAAUUACAAAA